AUGGGGUCAGGAAAAUCAAUAGGAAAACUUGCGGAACCAAGAAUGAGCACGCCCUCCUCGGGCCGUAAAACCCCGGUGGACUACGGCGUUCAGAUCCGCUUCAUCAACGACCUCCAGGAUGGACGCCAGCCGGGGCAGCCCCCUCGCACCAAGUCUCAAUCCCCCUCCAAGUACGGCGUGGCGGUGCGGGUCCAGGGCAUUGCGGGGCAGCCAUACGUGGUGCUGAAGGACGGCCAGAAGGGAGACUCAUACGGUGUCCAGCUCAGGCCAGACUACCCCUCCGGUUACGGCAGCCUGCCCCGCCAAAAAGACAAGUCAGACUCCAGAGCGUAUGGAGAGAACGCGGACAGCCAGGCGGGGGCGCUGCGGAGGGCACAGUCGCACGGAUCACUCUUGGAUAGGGACACGGAGACGCAAGAUUUCCACUUAUCCAGACUCCCAGCUGAGGGGAAGUCCGGCAGCAAUGGAAACCUAGAUGGAGGGACGGCUUUCAGGGAUUGCACUGCUCCCCCACCGUACCCGCCUCCUCCCUCCACGCAAGCUGUCGGCCAAAGUCACGAGUGGACAGGGAGGCGCACCGCUGCAGACGCACAAGUGACGCCUGACCUUUUGCUGGACCAGGGGCAGAGUGCAGAGGCCAGCGACGAGCAGCGGAUGAUGCAGACAGUCUACAGCAUCCUCAGAGAGGGGACAAAUGAGAGCGAUGUUGUCAUCAGACACAAAGUGAAGAUCAUCCUUCAGAGCUUCAAGCUCAAAGAAAAAGAUUUGACAAGUGAGAGAUUGGAGCUGCAAAGAAAAGUGGCGGAGCUCCAGCUGACCCUGCAGCAGGAGCGAAGGGACUCCAUUAACAACUCCAGUGCCACUCUGAAAGCCGAGCUCGAGUCGUGUCUGGAUGAAAAUCUGCAACUGCGGGAGCUGCACGACCGAAUGAAGAAAGAGUUAAAUGAAACGCAAUCUGAGCUGACGCAGCUGCGCAUGGACAGGGAGAUUGCUGAGGCCCACGCCAGAAACGUGGAAGACCAACUGGCUGAGCUUCAAGAUGAGAUGAGAAGAGAAAACAACAACAAAACAGAGCUAGUAUCUUGCCAAAACGAGAUGACAGAGAUCCAUCAGGCCAAGCAGAAGCUGGAGGACAGUCUGAGGCAGCGAGAGAGGGAGCUCACGGCCCUCAAGGGGGCGCUGAAGGAGGAGGUGGCGUCCCACGACAAAGAGCUGGAGAGCCUUCGAGAGCAGUACAGUGCUGACAUGGAGAAGCUCCGCAGCAGCAUGGAGCAGGUGUCCCAGUCUCAUGCAGGUAUUGAGGCCGAGCGGCUUCGUGUCAACGCUUCUGUGCGCACUCUUCAGCAGCAGUUGGAAGACUGCAGAGAUGAGAGCAGCCACUGGAUGGAGCAGUUUCACAAUACAAAAGAUGAGCUGCGAACCUCCAAACAAGAACUUUUACAAAUCCGUUUGGAAAAAGACGAGUUUGAAGAAGAACUGAAGGAGAUGAAGGGAAGGGUCACAUCCAUGAAGCAACAGUCGGCACCGGACUCCACCCAGGCUCUGGACCAGGAGCUCAAGAGGUGCAACGCAGACCUUCAGAAAGCCAGACUGGAAGUGGAAAAGCAGCGGACUCAGUUUGAUAAGAAAGUGAUGGAGAUGAUCGCUCUGAAAAAGGGUCAUCAGGGUCAAGAGGCUGAGCUGAAAUAUGAGAUCGAUCGACUGAAGGACCAGCUGCAAAGAGCCAAAGGAGAGUUUACCAAGGAACAGGAGAAAAGCAAAAAUCUGCCAGACCCGGCCACCAUGGCAGAUUUGGAGCAGCGGCUCAGCGAGGCGAGAAGUGAAGGCAGCCAGCUGAAAGAGCGGCUCUCAGCACUGGAGAAGGAGCUGGAGGCCACGAGGACCCAGCUGAAGAGCGCCGAGCUGGACGUGAAAGUGGCUGAAGACGCUCAGAAAGCUCAAGAAGAGGUCACCACACGCCUCAAAGACAAAGUGUCACGUUUGGAGGGGCAGCUGCAGAACAAUGCCACAGAGAGUUCAGAAGCAGAGCUGGCUCUUCACUCCGAGGUCAGAGGGCUGAGGACAGAACUGGACGAGGCCAAAAGAAAAGCCUCCAGACUCAACCAAGAACACAGUGAACUGGUCUUCAGGCUCGACAACACAGAGAAAGACAAAGAUGCACUGAAGCAGACCACACUUCAACUGGAGGACAAGAAACAGCAGCUGGCAAAAGCUCUGGACAAACUCACUAAAGAGUUUGAGUCUUUGACAGUGUCCUCAAAAGAAGAGGUGCAAGCGCUCAGAGUUCAGCUGGAGGAGCAGAGGGAGAAGGCACGAAAGGAGGUCCAGGAAGUCCAGCGACACGGCACAGACGCCCAGACAGAACUGGACCGCAGCCAGAGCAGCAUCAGGCGAAUGGAGGAGGAGAUGUCUCGGCUGAAGAAGGAACUGCUUCUGGCCUGUGAAGAAAGAGACAACCAUCAGCUGGACAAAGAGCUAAUGAUGAACCGAAUGCGCCACCUAGAGGGAGAACUGGAAAACGGCAAGAACAGCCUCAAUGAGAAGAUACGAGAGGUUCGCCUCCUGGAGGACAAGUUGAAGCGUCAGGAGUUGGAGCUGGAGGAGGAGAAGAGCAGUGUGGAGAUGCUCACGGAGAGACUGUCCCGCAGCAGAGACCAGAUCGACCAGCUGCGCUCCGAGCUCAUGCAAGAACGAUCCAGCAAACAGGACCUGGAGCUGGACAAGAACGCCAUGGAGAGACACUUGAAGGAGCUGAGGAGUCGAUUAGCGGACAUGGAAGGCCACAGUCGCUCUUCAGUCGGACUUUCACAACUGGAAAACAAGAUCCUGGAGUUGGAAGAGAGACUUCGCAGUGAGGAGAGGGAGAAAAACACAGUGUUGGCAACGCAACGUCGUCUGGAGAGAAAACUGAAAGACCUCAACCUGACGCUGGACGAGGAGAGACACAACCACUCUGAACAGAAGGAUCAGUUAACGCUGAAGGUGAAGGCUCUGAAGCGGCAGGUCGACGAAGGGGAGACUGAGCUGGAGCGUGUGGAUAACCUGCGCCGAAAAGCCCAGAGAGACGCAGAGGAGCAGAUGGAGCUGAGGGAGACGCUACAGAGCAGAGUGUCAGCCCUCGAGACAGAGCUCAAGAGGAAGACCCAGGCCUCCAUGCGCCCGGCCCUGGACUCCUCUGCCCUGAGCUCAGACGACGACGACAGCCUGUUCGACCACUCCAGCAUCACGUCCAUCCUCACCGAGAGCAACCUCCAGACCUCCUCCUGCUGA